UAUAACACGUACACUAAUACGAGAAUUUGACCCCUGUAGUAUAAAACUACAACAAAAUAUUCAUUUCAGUACUUUCUCUUGCAGUGUCGCGGAAGGAAGGUCUGAACGCAAUUUGAAGUAGAGCAGAGUUUGGAUUAGAAUUUAGGGUUUUACGGAAGGAACGGACAAAGACAAACAAGAACCAGAUGGAUCUGGAAAUGAACUUGAACGCCUCCCACUCCAUGGGCACAACCAUCAUCGGUGUCACCUACAACGGCGGUGUCGUCCUCGGCGCCGAUUCUCGUACCAGCACUGGGAUGUAUGUUGCUAACCGGGCAUCUGACAAAAUUACACAGCUCACUGAUAACGUCUACGUUUGCCGCUCUGGAUCCGCUGCUGAUUCUCAGAUCGUUUCCGAUUAUGUCCGCUAUUUCCUUCACCAACAUACGAUUCAGCUUGGCCAAUCUGCAACUUCCAAAGUCGCUGCAAAUCUUAUCAGGCUACUAUCCUACAAUAACAAGAACAUGCUUGAGACUGGCCUUAUUGUUGGCGGGUGGGAUAAGUAUGAAGGUGGUAAAAUAUAUGCAAUUCCUCUUGGUGGAACUCUGAUUGAGCAGCCUUUUGCUAUUGGAGGAUCUGGCUCCAGUUACCUAUAUGGAUUUUUUGAUCAAGCAUGGAAGGAAGGAAUGACAAAGGAUGAAGCUGAGCAAUUCGUGGUUAAGGCGGUUUCCCUUGCCAUUGCUCGUGAUGGUGCUAGCGGUGGUGUCGUUCGCACUGUGAUUAUCAACUCUGAAGGAGUCACGAGGAACUUCUAUCCCAGUGACAAACUGCAGCUAUGGCAUGAGGAAUUGGAGCCUCAGAAUUCGUUGCUGGAUUUACUGAAUUCUUCUAGUCCUGAACCCAUGAAUAUUUAAUCAAAUCAAAGGCCAAGGGGACUAACCUUUUAGAUACCUUUCUGCUGCUGCACUGCAAACUUUUUUUCAUUUUAGUUAUAUAGUUGAACGAACAACUUGCCUGUAGCUUUAGGUGGAAUUCAGUUUCGUUUAAAUGGCACUAAAACCAUAUUUGUUCAUGAAUCUUUUCUUGGAUGUUACGGAUUCAUCUGCUAUCCUCACACGUGGCUAUGGUUGUGAUGUUUAUACCUCACUCUAAUAUGUUAAAAAUAGACGUUGGUAUCCGUACAGGCCGAAGGGCAUUGGUAUAUAUUUACGUGUUAAA